GUCGGCUCCCGUCAUCAAACCUCCAUCACCGCCCACGUCACGGUAACUCCUGUCAUCCACCGACGUCCUCGCCCUUCCGCCCGCUGCUCGUGGCCCGCCGCUCAGCUUCCCAGACGCCGACCGCAACUUCCAGAACUAGCCGCGGCCGCAAGCCUAGCCUCCUGCCCGCACCUGACCCGGUAGCCAGACGUCAUCCCUUGGCUGCAUCUGCGUCCUCCUCCUGCACGUCGCCGCCGCCUUGUGCUUGGCCCUUGUCAAGGCUUCGCCGCCCUUCUCCCUCCUCUCCCGACCGUCGCCGUGAGGCCUUCUACACGAGCACCUUAGCUCACGACAUCCGGCUACACACGCCGUCACCCCUUCCAUCACCGCGACUGUUUCAACCCGACCGCGUCCGCUUGCUCGAGCCACGCCUCGAUAAACGCCGUGACUCUCGGCCUCGGGCUGCCCCGACCGAGAUAAAAGAAGAGAGCUAAUAACAAGGUACCGUUGGGCCGUGGCUGCGAUCCUUCCGCCGCCAGCUACCGACGCUUGCAAGCAUGGCUACUCGAUCGGCUCGCCCGACAGACGACCAGGACGACUCCCGUUCGUCCUCGUCAACCACGUCGCCCGCCCCGGCCGACAACGAGGAGUCCGACUUCUUCCUGGGCGCCAACGACUCCCAGUCGUCUCUCGGAGUGCCCAACUUCCAGGACAUGCAGGUUGACGAUGCCUGUUGGCCCCCGGUCAGCCGGCUGCCCAACGAGAUUCUCAUCAGCAUCUUCGCCAAGCUAAGCGCCUCGUCCGACCUGUACCACUGCAUGCUUGUCUCAAAACGCUGGGCUAGGAACGCAGUCGACCUCUUGUGGCACAGGCCUGCAUGUACAAAUUGGCGCAACCACAGUAGCAUCUGCCAGACGCUGGGCCUCGAGCACCCCUUCUUCUCGUAUCGCGACUUUAUCAAGCGUCUGAACCUCGCUUCUCUCGCUGAUAGGGUCAACGAUGGCAGCGUCCAGCCGCUCGCCGUCUGUACCAGGGUUGAACGCCUGACCUUGACCAACUGUCGCGGCCUCACCGACUCUGGUCUCAUUUCUCUCGUCGAGAAUAGCGCGUCCCUGCUCGCCCUCGACAUCUCCAACGACAAAAACAUUACGGAGCAGUCCAUCAACGCCAUCGCUGAACACUGCAGGCGACUGCAGGGGCUCAAUAUAUCUGGAUGCGAGGCCAUUUCCAACGAGAGCAUGAUCACGCUUGCGCAGAGCUGCAAGUACAUCAAGCGGUUGAAACUCAACGAGUGCGGCCAGCUCCGCGACAACGCGAUCCUCGCCUUUGCCGAACACUGCCCGAAUAUUCUCGAGAUUGAUUUGUACCAGUGUUUUCAGAUUGGCAACGGCCCCGUGACGGCUUUGCUCUCCAGAGGCAACUGUUUGCGCGAGCUUCGCCUUGCCAGUUGCGACCUCAUCGACGACAACGCCUUCCUGAGCCUGCCUGAGGGCCAGACAUACGAGCAUUUGCGGAUCCUCGACUUGACAUCCUGCACGAGGCUCACUGACGCGGCCGUCGCCAAGAUAAUUGAUGCCGCGCCGCGCCUGCGCAACCUCGUCCUCGCCAAGUGUCGCAACAUCACCGAUGCAGCCGUAAAUGCCAUCUCAAAACUUGGUAAGAACCUGCACUACGUGCAUCUCGGCCACUGCGGACAAAUCACGGACGAAGGAGUCAAGAAGCUCGUUGGCUCUUGCAAUCGCAUCCGUUAUAUCGACCUGGGAUGCUGCACCAAUCUGACAGACGACUCCGUGAAGCGUCUGGCGAUGCUUCCCAAGUUGAAGAGAAUAGGGCUGGUAAAGUGCAGUUCAAUCACCGAUGAUAGUGUCUUUGCGCUCGCAGAAGCUGCGUUCCGACCUCGCGUGCGACGAGAUGCCAGUGGGGUAUUUAUUGGCGGGGAGUACUACGCAUCGAGCCUCGAGAGAGUUCACUUGAGCUACUGCGUGAAUCUGACGCUCAGGAGCGUUAUGCGGCUUCUCAAUUCGUGCCCCCGGCUCACGCACCUAAGCCUGACAGGCGUUGCUGCAUUCCAGCGCGACGAUUUCCAGGCGUUUUGUCGCGUGGCGCCUCCUGAGUUCACACAACACCAGCGGGACGUCUUUUGUGUCUUCUCUGGAAGCAUGGUGUCACAGUUUCGCGAGUUCCUCAACACCUCCUCGCGAUUUCAAGAGUUGCGAGAUAGCCUGCCCUAUCGCUCGGGUGGGAGCCGCGCCCGAGGGGCUGCCGCUCGUCGAUCCAACGCCAUGGCUAGCAACUUGCCCACCGCCGAGGGCGAAGGUUUUGACGACGAGAUGGCCGACGAGGAGAACGAUUUCGAGGGCAUGGAUGGAAGCGAAAUGGUCGUGGACGCGCAGGCCCAGAACCAGCACCAGCACGGGCUGCAACAUAACCCCCCUCUGCCGCAGGCAGCACCGACGAUACCCAUUCCGCCCCCAGCCCCAAGCCUGAGCCAGCACCCAUUCACCGACGCGGGACCCGGAAAUCCUGUACCUGCCCAUCCCUAUGCGUACCAUCCAUCUGCGUACCACCCGCCGGCCCCUUUGGGCCCCUUGGCCUUCUCCAGCUUCAUCAGCAACGAGUCAGCCAGCGGGGCACCGCCUCUUAGUGCCCAUGGGCACAUGUCGGCCAGCAUGGCUCCUCUGAGCACCGUGCCGAGUCCGCCGUCUCUAACGGCAAGCACUGCCAACGGGCCGCCGACGACGGCGAGCACGGCGCCUGUGCAGUGGCCAUAUCACCAGGACCCGCUUGGAGAAUAGAUUUCCUCGAUGUAUGGGGCGUGGGGCAACACAUAGUGAGACACAAUUCGCAUUCGAGUAGCACGUCGUGUUUGGGCGGUUACGCCAGGCCCAAUCUUGUCGAGGGCCGCUUUUGCGGCCGUAGCAUUUUCCUAGCGUCGACAGCUGUCGACAGCAAGCAUUGGUGGAGUAAAUGAUUUCAUUGCGAGAAACCUGCCGGUUGGCAGCAUAGCGAUGAUCACGGAGCGACUCGGGUAUAUCGCAUGGGAGCUCCGAGGGCAUACGGGCAGCCUUUUGGAAGGCAGACUGCGGGCGCACUGCGAGCGAGCGUUACGGCCAGUUUAACACAUUUGCUGCCGCAUGGGGAGCACACGGGGUGCGGCGGCACACGAGCAACGGAAAGGAUAGAAUAUCACAGCGCUGCGUGCGGAGAUGGGGGGCUGAAACUUGCUUCAGAGUAGCAAAUGGAGUAACUGCCUCACGUUCUACGGAUCGAAUCGCACUGAGGAGUUGGAGAGUGAGAGAAGAGACAGAGAGGAAGCGAAGGGAGACGGGAGAGAGAGAGAGGGAGCGUGUGUGUGUGUGUGUG